AUGACGGACAGGAAGGUUGUGAUCAAGAAUGUUGACAUGUCUGAGUGCAUGCAGCAGGUCGCGGUGGACUGUGCCACCCAAGCCAUGAAGAAGUACAACAUUGAGAAGGACAUCGCUGCCUACAUCAAAAAGGAGUUUGACAAGAAGUACAACCCCACAUGGCACUGUAUUGUGGGCAAGAGUUUCGGCAGCUGCGUUACCCACGAGACCAACCACCAAAUCUACUUCUACCUGGACGAGAUGGCCAUCCUCCUCUUCAAGUGCGGCUGA